CGGGAAGUCAUUUUCAAAACAACUACGAGGGAAAGGGAAAUAGUCUAACAUUCUUGUAUCGGAAAGCGCUAUCCAUCAUUGGCAUGAACGGAGACCGCCCACUUGUGUAAUGCUCCGGCUGGCUGUCUUCUCCGUGCAGACACGCAGCAUGCAGGACAUUCGGAAGAGGAAGGUUCCUUUGACAGAAACGCUGAUGUCGGAUCCAGACUACAUUUUGCAGCAUGUCCAGCAGGAGAACCUGAUCACACGGCGGGAAUACACCAACAUUCGUAGCGUUCAGCGGUCCAGCGAGGGCAGAGUCAUCGAUCUGCUGGACAAGGUGAUGGACAAGGGAGAGGAGACCUGCCGUCGUUUUUUGUCCCUCCUACAGCAGCCUGAAGUCCAGGAUACCUUCCCGCCUCUAAAAAAACUUUGUUCAGGGGAAUUUACAGACAACCCCGUCCAGGAAACACAGAAUGCAGCGCUCAGUGAAUACAGGAUGUCUAGUCUGCCACGCGGCCACUGUCUGAUCUUCAAUAAUCAGCACUUUGAAACAGAGAGCCUUAAGGAGCGCAAGGGAUCCUACCAAGAUGCUGAGGCUCUGGAGCAGGUGUUCAGCUGGCUGGGGUUCAGUGUGCACGUGCUGCAGGACCAGCCGGUGCAGGAGAUGCGCAGCCAGCUGCAGCAGUUCAGCCGUGUGGAACACAGCGACUGCUUCGUGUGCUGCGUGCUCAGCCACGGGGCGGAGCAGGGCAUUUACGGCCGCGACGGGGCGCUCCUCCGGAUUCAGGACGUCCUCUCCCCCUUCAACGGGGCCAACUGCCCCUCACUGGCCAACAAGCCCAAGGUCUUCUUCAUCCAGGCCUGCCAGGGGAAGAGGGUGCAGGAGGCGGUGACGGUCCACGCCGACUGCCCCGGGGGGGCCACAGACCCGGGGACGGAUGCCGGCGCAACUCAUGGCUACACCCUUCCUGUGGAUUCCGACUUCCUCGUCGGCAUGGCCACCGUUCCGGAAUGCGUCUCUAUCAGACACAGCGUCAGAGGCAGCUGGUACAUCCAGGCCCUCUGCCAAGAGCUGAGACAGGGCUGUGCCAGGCGUGAGGACAUCCUGACCAUCCUCACCAGAGUCAACGAGGAAGUGAGCAGGAGAGAGGGGGACCUGUGCAGCCAGUACGGCCCACAGCUGGCCAAGCAGAUGCCUGACCCCAGAUUCACCCUGAGGAAGAGGCUGGUCUUCCCUGUUCCCAGCAUCUCCAGCCCCACACUCUGAUUGGGACAUGGCUGUUCCUCACACACACACUCAGACCGGGAUAUGGCUGUUCCUCACACACACACUCUGACCAGGACAUGGCUGUUCCUCAUGCACACACUGACCGGGACAUGGCUGUUCCUCACACACACACUGACCAGGAUAUGGCUGUUCCUCACACACAGACUCCGACUGGGAUAUGGCUGUUCCUCACACACAGACUCCGACUGGGAUAUGGCUGUUCCUCACACACACACACUGACCGGGAUAUGGCUGUUCCUCACACACAGACUCCGACUGGGAUAUGGCUGUUCCUCACACAUACUGUGACCCCUCGUCUUAGAACAAAGCAUUAUGCACUUGUCCCUCUUCCCUUUUAUGCAAAGAAAAACAAUUUUCUAAGUUUUGUAUUUUAUGACAUUUUUAUAUUUCAUCUGUGUAGUUGUGUAGAAAAAUUAAUCACUUUUAAGUUUUAAGAACACUUUGUACCAAUGUAAGGGAAAAACAAUGUGGGCAUUAAAAUCUUUUUCAUUUUAA